AACACUAUAUUUCAUCACAUAUAUAUAGUUGGUUGUGCUUCCAUCAAAUGUACUAACUCCAUAUAAAAAAAAUAAAGCUUUUAACUGCUACAAUAACGGUGAUUUGACGCGUCAUCAAAUCACCGGAAGAAAAAUGCAAGACUACAAGUUCUGAACGUUCUAAAUGGGGGCGGGUCUUGAAGCGAAAUGAUUGACAGGUGAGCGUCACAAAAAAUGAUGGACGAUACCGACCGCAGUUUUUUGGUUGCUGAGGAGAAUAAUGCCGGAGAAUAUGAAGGCUAUUUAUUUGAGCCAGAAUAUUCUCCCGAUGAAAUAAGGCAACGGAGGGAACAACAGCAGGCAGCUCUGGCUAGUAGCGCCAUCGUUGCGUCUGAACGUUCUCGAGCUGACAGCAGUUGGUGGUGCUCCUGUCAACAUUGCCCACAACAACGAACAGAAGUGGAGUCACUUUGUUGUCAGGAAUGGAACCGCGGUCAGUUUUUGCUGAGAGAGGCAGAGGAGAUGGAACACGGAUCCGAGCUGUCCUGCCUAAACCAACACAGCAGCUUUCAAGCUCAUCUGGACAGAGGGGUCCUGGAAACGUUUUUCCACUUGGAGAGAAUUAAUUGGAGGAAACAGAGAAGAUCACAGGGCCCAGGAGGACAACUGUCAAAUAGACAAUUGCGUUUGGUUGGCUAUCGAAUAAUUCUGGAAUGGGUGCUAAGAGGCGAGCGUUUGGGGAGACACAACCGAGCAGUUCUCCCCGCCUGCGUCGUGGAUGCUGUAAGGCAACGGUAUCCGUCCCCUGACGGCCAAUACACUGGUUUCCUCGAAGUGAGAGAGGCAGCAGAAGGAAUCGAGUAGACUAAGUUACUGCUCAACAAAUGUAAAUAUUUUUUGGGUGCUGUUAAUAAAAAUGUAUUUUGUUUUUGGA